ACUCAUUCCCUUUCUGUGUUUCUGAUGCCAGGAUUAACAAUUCUUCAAUUUAUUCUACAAUGCUCCCAGGAAGAGGAAUCUCUUGCAACAGAAACAGAGGCGGAAACGGCAGGAUGUCCUAAUGGUUCAGGCCAACCCACAUGUCAAGCUGAAGCCCAGACACCAAAAAGAGCAGCCAUCUUCAUUUGAAAGGCACAGUAUGAACGUGCUUUCAGAUUUCUCCUGCAAGAUCAACGUGGAGGAGAUUUGCAAUACGCAGCUCUAUCCGGAGUCUCUGGAUAAUGGGGACUGCUUGGUUCUGGACCAAGAUAAUCAUGACAAGGCUGUAUUGGACAAGGAACAGGCGUGGAACCUGGAAGAAGAUCUGCUGGAGGUAUCCGUGGAGGAGCUGCGGGAGAACGCUGCGGAGAAGCCACAAAAUCUCUUCAGGCUGUGUGAGCACCCAGCGGUAAAGGCUGAGAGAGGACCGAGACGGAAGAAAGGAACAUUAGUCGAUGACUUGACAGCGAUCGCCAGCAGGGCCAAACGCCAAAGCUUUCCAAACGUGAAAUCGCGAACGGGAGCAAAAAGAGACAAAAGUCAGCAGUGCAAAGCGGGCGAUGAGGUUGUGGCCUUUCGGGAAGAGGUGGAGGAGAUCAACAGGAAGGUUAAAAUUUUCACGAUGGGAGACUCGAACGAAGAUCAGGAGGAGCCUGCCCCGGCAAAGAGGAACAGUCAAACGAAGAUGAGAGCUCCAUCACAGAAGAAGCUCAUCGAUGAGGAUGAUCCGGAAGAGGAGGAGGAAGAUGAAGAUGAGGAGGACGAGAGCGAAGAAGUGGAGGAGGAGAGGGAAGAGGGGGAAAGCAUCUCUCCACAAACCAACACUGGCAAGCAACCAGACCCUGCCCCUGCUAAAGUUUCCUGUAAUGAGGUCUCCAAAGCAGAGGGUGUCCCGAUUAAAGUGGGUAAUCUGGAAGAUUUUGCGUUCAAACCUGCACCCCAAGGAACUGUGGUGAAAUGUCGGAUCACACGGGACAAAAAGGGAAUGGAUAAGGGAAUAUUCCCAACUUACUAUCUGCACAUGGAGAGGGAUGAUGGGAAAAAGAUUUUCUUGAUGGCUGGCCGCAAGCGCAAGAAGAGCAAAACGUCCAACUAUCUCAUCUCCACAGACCCGACGAACCUGUCCCGUGGCGGAGACAGCUUCAUUGGCAAGUUGAGGUCGAAUGUGUUUGGGACCAAAUUCACGGUGUUUGACAAUGGUGUGAACCCAGAAAAGACCCCCAUGGUGCCAGAGAGCGCCACCAUCCGCGAAGAGAUAGUAGCCAUCUGCUACGAAGCCAACAUUCUCGGGUUUAAAGGGCCUCGGAAGAUGACUGUGAUUAUUCCAGGAAUGAACGUGAACAGUGAGAGAGUUUGCAUUCGACCAAAAAACGAACACGAGACGCUGCUGACCCGCUGGCAGAAUAAGAACAUGGAGAACAUUAUCGAGCUCCACAACAAGGCCCCGGUCUGGAAUGAAGACACUCAGACCUACGUUCUGAACUUCCACGGCCGAGUCACCCAGGCCUCCGUGAAGAACUUCCAGAUAGUCCACGCCAAUGACUCGGAUUACAUCAUCUUGCAGUUUGGUCGUGUAGCUGAUGACGUGUUCACCAUGGACUAUAACUAUCCCCUAUGCCCCCUCCAAGCCUUUGCAGUCGCUCUCUCCAGCUUUGACAGCAAGUUGGCUUGUGAGUAGAGACGCGAGCCCUGCCUGGAAGUGUGCAGAGGGGCGGCCGACCUCCAAAUCAUCAGCGAGGCUGGAGAAGAUCGAAGUGACACCAGCACUUUGACAUAGAGAGCCAUAGAACUUCUAUCGAUUUACUGCGAUAUUUGACCUUAAUCCUCAGACAAUAUUUAUAAGGAAUACUGCCAGAGUCCAGAAAGAAUUAAUGAUAAUCUGCAGGCUCUGUGUCUUGUAUGUGCCUCUAACCAGAUACCAUUCCCCUCCUGGAUAACGUUGAU